AUGAAUAAAAAUACAUGUAGAUCAGUUGAGCAAAUAUUCGAAGAUUCCACAUUUAAUAAAUCUCAAAGAAAAAAACUGACAUUUGAAAAUGAAAAAAUUAAUUUAUUUUUCGAAAAUGGAAUAAUUAAUCAUAGCUUAAUAGAAUUUGUAGGAAGCCCAGGAAGCGGAAAAACACAAUUUGCUCUUACUUUGUGUGCAGAACAAUUAAUCAAAAUAAAUAAAGAAAAAAAAGAAAAUAUUGUUUUUUAUGUCUAUUUUAAUAGAACUUUUCCAAUACAAAGGCUUACAACCAUAAUAGAGAAUAAAUUAAAACACAGCGAAAAUAAUUUAAAUCAAAAUGACGACCAAAAAAAUCUCUCCUCAUUUAAAACAAAUAAAAAUGACAUAGUAAGAAAUAUAUUAAAAAAUUUAUAUAUUCAAAAAAUAAAUGAUGAGAAUGAAUUCUUUUCAUUAUUUCAAAAAGAUAUACAUAGUAUUAUCAAAUAUAAUAAAAUAUCAUUACUUGUAAUUGACUCAUUUAAUUCUAUACUUAAUGGAAAUGAAAAUUUAGAUAGUUAUAAAAAAUAUCAACUAUAUAUUAAAAUGUCUUUAAUUUUAAAACAAAUAUCAUAUGAAAAUAAUAUCUUCAUCCUAUUAAUUAAUAGUUCAAAUAUUAACAAAAAUUAUUCGGAUUUCUCUUUUAAUAUUUCCGAUUAUAUUAUUAACUCUUCUUGUUCAAACACAGUUAUUAUUUUUAAAAAAUCAAAAAAAAAUAAUGAACAAGUCAGAAAAAUGGUUAUUAAAUGUUCAGAAUUUUUACGCAUGUAUAAAACACUUACAUUUCAAAUCACAGACUCAGGUGUUGAUGCCCUAUAA